UAUUUCUCACUUAUCUAGUCACUCGAUUGGUAAGGGAGCUAGAUCGCAAGGGAUAUUUGACUUCUACCAGCCUGUAUUUAGUGAAUAAUAGAAUUACGCAGUAUCUUGUGUUUUCUGCUUUAAGGUUUGAAGAAAUUUUGCUUUCGUACCCCUUUUUUGGUUUUCUUUUUUUUUAUAUUUUCUUUUAUGUAGUCAUCUCAAAAAUGUACGUCUCACCCGAUCCUCAACAAGGCAUCUACUGGGCGGUGCUGACUCUACAUUUCUAUAUGAUUUUGUAUUUUAGAUUGAGGUGGAGAAUUUUAAACGAUUACCAGUUGGACCUCUAUAAGGGACGACCUGGCUUUACUUGGACUGACGUCAUACUAGAAUUGACAAGAUUCAGUGGUCUACCUAUAGAAAAUAAAGUUCAAAGUAAGUGCAAUCAGACCUUCUAUAACAUUAUUCCUAAGCGAGGAAUGCGCAAAGUAGCAGAGAAAGCAAUGGAGAGCCCUGAAGUCCAAAAAGUGGUUAUCACUUCAGGAGUUGCUGCUGUGGCCGCCGGUGUUGCAGCUACAAGCGAUCUCUUGUCAACUCCCGAAAAACGCGCUAUAAAGGAAAAAGAAAAAAUCCUCAAAAGCGCCGAAGAGGAGCAACAGAAGGCUUCUGAUCAACUUGAGAAAUUCCCUAUAACUUCAGAGAUUAUCACGGAUAAAGCGAAAGAAGAGAGGGGGCGAUUAGAGCACGAAGUCGUAGCAGCAAACGAGACAGUGCGUCUGCAUAAAAGUGAGUUGACUGACCUUCGCAAAAAAGCUUCCGAAGGAAAUUCACUUCCCGGGCCUGAUCCUGAUAUUGGCAUUGAUAUUACAGAUUUGUUCCCUUGAAGUUCCACAAGCGCAAAUCUUUCGCGUCUUUCGAACCUAAAGGUUCCGUAAGGAACUUGUUGUCGUGUUGCGCACCGGGAGGUUUACCAACGCAAGCUUUGCUUGCUUUUUUUCAUGGUUGCGCAACCCCGCUUUGCUUGCUCUAACGAGCCUAGCAAACGAAAGAUCGCUAGCAACUCGCAAGCUCGCCCAACCGGGGCAAGCUUGCGCUUCGCUCCUUUCUUAGGGAAGAUCGCAAAGCUUGCUUUUUAAUGAAGCUGACGGGACAUUAUGGCAUGGGCGCGCAAAUUUCUAGCGAACCUGACGCUCGUUAGAGUCACAAGCAAGCUCGCCCAACCGGGGCAUUGCCGCGCUUGCGCUCGCCCCGCGCCCAUAAUUGCUUUGCAACCCCGACGCUUCGCUCCUCGCUUCGCGCCUCGACUCUAACGUAACGAGCCCAGCUCUCUGGCAUUUUUACAUGCGCGCCUUCUAACGAGCCCACCUCUGAGCCGUAUAGGUAGGUGUCGUUAGAGCAACCACGGCCCUAAGCAAGGCAAGCUUUGCUUGCCCUUUACUUUAGGUGGGCGAGCUCAAUAUUGCAAGCGAUGUCUCCGCAGGUUUCCGCAGGGGACUUUGCACCUCUAACGAGUCUCGAAGAAAACGAGCGCAAGCGCGGCACAUAUUGUAAUGCCUCGCAGUGCCGGAGUUGAAGUUUUGCGGGUUUGCUUCGCUUGCGCUCGCACCGAAGGCGCCAUCGCGAGCUUUUUUGCUCGCUCGCACACUUCGCGUCCUUCGUAAGAACAAGCAAGCAAAGCUUGCUUUGGAAGAAGCUUGCUUUGCAAGCGAUGGGGUUUACUAUUUUACACAAAUGUUUACAUGCAAGACAAAUAGAAAAAGAUAAUAUUCCUUAAUUAUACACACUGACAGAGGCACAAAACGUUCACGAAUAAACAGUUUUAUCAAAUUUGUCAGCAAUAGUAAAGAAAGCGUUAACUCUAACGAGCUUUAAACAAUCAAGUUAAAAUGAAUAUUCAAAUCAAGCAACUCAUUGGUUGCCGAAGCCGACCCAUCUUGUGAAGCAAAAACAUAGAAACUCUAGCGCGCCUGCCUUUGGCCCAAGUUCUGUUCGCUUAACGCCUUUCACUCUAACGAGCCUUGCUAAUAUUAUCAAUUUUCCUGUGGAAGUACACAAUACAUCUCUAACUAGUUU